AUGCUUAUUUUCUUUUCAUACUUCCACUUGCCCAACUUCACGUUUACCACUGGUCUUUUUCUUCUUAUUCUUCUUCUCCUAGAACUCCACGAUGCCUUUAUCCUUUUCGACGCUGAUCAUGACGGUCGAAUCACGGACACGGAAUUAAAAAAUGUCCUCAAUUUCCUCAGCAUUCCAGCUUCUCCCGAUGAGGUUAAAAGAAUGAUUGCCGAUGCUGACACUGAUGGUGAGUUUUAUAUUAGUUGCUAA